AUGGAUAGCAUAUUUGAAAAAGAAUUAUUAUUUUCGUCAACAUUCAGACAAAAUCCGUCAAAACACAUAAAUGUGCCAGCUCAUGAAGUACAGUCUAUACAUAAAAUAGAACCUGAAAUAUCAGCCGGUUGCUAUGAUUUUUGGGAUGCAAACUUUUUCACUGAUCGCUUUAUUAUUUGGCGUGCAUCAGAAUCGAGCCUAUAUUUAGAAGAAUAUAACGUGGAUAAUAAUUCGCCGAAUGACGGAAUUGUGAUAAAUUUUAAACCUUCAAUUAUAAUUCCUGGGACUCGAAUAGUUUUCAUGAAUGGCUUUUUUCUGAUUCUUGUUCCUACGCAAACAUCGCUUCAUCGUAUUGUUCUUGGAUUACCGUCGUCUUAUCGUUUCAAAAAAUUUGACAAAGGUCAAGGUCCCUCAUUUAUAUCACUUCUUGUUGAUGAAUUUGCAAAUUCUCGAAAUUAUUACCGCUAUGAUUUGUCAAAUCAAAUAAAUGCCAUGCGGGCUGAAAUAGCUCAAAAUGAACAAGACACCUUGGCGAUUUUUUGUACGGUUGAUGAUCGAACUGUUUUCGUGGAAUUACUUCAUGGAGUGACAACUCAACCUUUCUGUCAAGAAACAUUUUUGAAAGUGGAUAGCUUUUUAAAACGAAUACUACGUGGUGGAUCUGACAUUUCUCUGGAAAGCAAAAAAGAAUUCAGCUUAGAUCUAUUAACUUUGUUGAGAACAGAUAUUGUUCAUGGUGUUGGAAGAGUUAGGAGUGCAUCGCUAUUUAUUCAUACUUAUAACGAGAUUUUUUUUGCUAUUUUGCUAUUACAAUCAGAAUUCGAUACUUUGGUUGCUAUAAUCAAAAUUAAUCCAUCAGGAAAAUCUGCCGCUCAGCACUUUCAGUUAUUCAAAAUUCUCCAUCUUCCAUCGCGUGAAGUUUUGAAUAUUGCUUGCACAAAUUGUUAUAAUAGUUUGGCAAUCCACGCUUUAUGUCCCAUCUCUAAUGGCUACACAUUGCUUUCUUCAUUAAUCGACUGUACAACCGGAAUGAUUUUGCGGCAUUGGAAAGAAGCACUGUUAUCGAGCUUUUGUGAUUUUUCUUUUCUUGGGUCUAUAUUAAAAAAUGAAGAUCCGGCUGCAAAAAUGAGUGUAAUAUUUAAUCCAGACAUGUUUUCUAUAGAUGUUAUUCGACGCGCUGCACAGUUGGUUUGCAAAAAUUUCUUGAGGGAUUGGCCAUCAAUAGAAGAUGCAAACUGGAAAGGAUUGCAGAAAAUGAUAGAUCAUUACAUAUCUUCACCAGAGAUAGCUGCUCGAUUAAGUGAUAAUAAAGAACUAUUCUACCUUCACAAAGCAACUCGGGUAACGAUCGAUGAAAUGGUACUGGAUAGCAAUGGCCUAUUACCAGAAUAUGGAGGAUCGAGAGUCGAACGAUUUAUUUGCAAUUGCGAACCGUCAACAGAAAAGGGAAUAAUCGUCAUCCAGAAAUUUCAGACCAAAAAAACUGAAAUGGUCCUUGGAUUGAAUUCUUCAAAUGCUAUUUCAUACAUCUUUAGCGAAUAUGCUCCCUGUUGUAUUCCUGCUAUUGAAGAAAGAAAUAAAUUGGUCUAUGGUCAGAAAAGUUGGAUUUUUGAACGUAAGGACCGGCGAUAUAUGGAUUUAGCGGUGGAAAAAGGGAUGACAUCAGAGCGAGUUGCUUGGAAAUAUUUUACCUUUUUUGCUCAAAAUUAUAUGAGUCGUGGUGAAAAGUCUCUUCUGUUGGGAAAUAAAAGCGAUGAUAAUGGAAAUGAAAAGUUUUGGAACACAUUUUAUAGACUUUGUGUACAGUUUCAACAAAAUGAGAAUCAGCCAUUAGUAACUUGGUCAUCAUCUGUAUUUGGUCUUUAUGGCGUAAUAACAAAGGGAAAUUUUACUAUAUGCCGGCCUAAUGAUGAACGUAUGAAUUGGUUAAAUACAAUAUUUGAUGAAUUACCGGCUCAAAAGUCAGCAUUCGAGAAGUGUAUGACUGUUGCAUCGAGGGUUGUUUUUUGUGGAAUGGACAAGACAUGCCUUUCAUUUGAUGAAAUAAAAAAUUUCACUACAUGCUUUUCAUCUGUAAAUCUCCUUAUAAUGAACAUAAUAACAAAACUUCUCGAAUUCACUCCAAUAGAUCAACCAGUACGAUCAUCAGUGGUUAAAACUUCUUUGGCGGGUGAAUUUACUUCACGACUAGUAGCUGUUAAUUUUCGUGCCAUUAUCGAAGGUAGACUGCAUUUUAUAAAUUGUUUGAUUGCCUUGAUAUCAAUCGUUCGCUGGGAGAAUACUCAUGUUGAUUUAGAGUUAAUUGAAAGUCUUAUCAAUUGUGAGAAUGAUUUGCAUGAUGCUAACAGGCAGUAUACCAUACUUUCACAAGCUUUCAUAAUAAAGAAAAAGAGGAGGGAUCGCGAUUUUGGAACAAUACGUGCAACAUCUGGUAAUCUUUUACCUUAA